AUGAUGAGCGGCUGCAGCGAGGUCGACAAGCUUCAUAUUAAGGGAAGAGCAGUGCUUCACUCUCCAAUUUUCAACAAUGCUUGCGGCGCUGAUCACAAACAGCUGCCAUGCACGGGCUACUCCAACCUCGUCUCGCAUCUGGCAAGCCGCCACGAGGAGUUUGGUGUGCAGUACGACGCCCGUCACCGCGGUGCCGAGCGCCUGCUACAAGCCUUUGGCUUCGUGUCCGAGGAAACAUCUCACCGUUACCAGUGGUUGCGGUGGGUUGUUGAGCGGAACAUGCCCCUAUUCGAGGUCGACGACGAGCAAACGGGAGCCAUGUCCAAGUGGCGCCCAACCAACCCGAAGGCUCUCAAGGCGGACAUGAUUACUGUGCCAAGUAAGGUGGGUGCCAUAAUCGCCAAAGAGAUGGGCAAUCUGUUCGGCAUCAUGUUUAACGGCUGGUCGCGCGAUAACUGCAACACCAACCGUAGCAUUGCUACCAAGCUCGGCGUCCCACUGAUCGGUUGCGCCUCGCAUCGAUUUAACCUCACAGUUAAGAAGUUCUUAACGGAGCACGAACGGCUGUUACAACAGGUUAACGACCUAAUGUUGCAGUUACAAUAUCCCAACAACGCCACUGAACUUUCCAAGCUCAUUCCGCUUCGGGCCGAUAAACGCAACGUCACGCGCUGGUCGUCCAUGUAGGGCAUGAUGCAGCGUAACGUGGAGAUCCACUCGCACACCCAUCUUGUCGAGUAUGUAGAUGACGUGCUGCCUUCCAACACCGAUCACAAGAAACUGAAUUGAUGUACUGAGCUGGAAAGCGUAUGCAAGCGAUUACAAUGCAAGGCGACGAGUAUGGGUGAGGUACGCCUACUUUCUGACUCAGUUUUCGCAGGGUACCCAAUUAUGGGUGAGUACCUAAAAUACAAUUCUAAAAUUGUGCACUCUACUGCGUUUGAGACCGAGGUCGUCAAGGUGUGCUGCGGAGGCUGACGCCGGGCGAAGUGGCGGCGUUGAAGCGGCUCGUGCGUCCACGAGGAGCGGGUACUCUUGCGGCCACAAGGAAGCGCAAGAAGCGCGUGGACGACUAUGUGUCGCAGAUCAUCCGCUAAGGUGGAAACAAGAAGUCCAGGAGCGGUGCACCCAGCUACACGACGUUGGCCGUGCUUGUGGCACCGACCUCCAACAUAUGCGAGCGUCUCGUUUUGGAGCGCAAGAUAGUUAUGACGCCGCAACGCAGCAAUUUCCUUCCUGCGCAUUUCGAGACACUAAUGGUUCUGCGCGCCAACAAGAACUUGUGGGACGUUACCAGCGUGACCUUGGUACGUUGACGUAGCUGACACUAACUGCUUUAAUACAUUGCCAGUAAUUGCGCCGUAA